AUGGCCGAGCACUCACUCGAGCCAUUCCUCAUCCUCGCGCGCGGGACAAAAGGCGCCGGCGCAGCAAAGGUCAUCCUCGACGCCACAGCCGCGCCUGGCGUGUACACCUUCGGCGAGCUGCUCGACGUCCCGAGCAUCAAGGAUCUACAAACGGACUUGACGCAUGCCAAGAGCUACCGCCUCCUCCAGCUCUUCGCAUACGGUACCCUCGCCGACUACACUGCCUCGCCUGACGCCUUUCCAUCCCUCUCACUCGCACACGUAACCAAGCUCAAGCACCUCACCCUCCUCUCCCUAGCUCUUCAGACUCGUGCGCUUCCCUACUCGGAGCUAACACAGGCCCUCGGCACAGCCUCUACUCCCGAGCUGGAAGCGUUGAUCAUCGACGCGAUCUACGCCGGUCUCCUCACUGGCAAGAUCCACCACUAUGAGCAGGUCCUACACGUCGACAGCGUCACGGGGCGCGACCUGCGCCCUUCCGAUCUUGGUGUUGUGAAGGGCGGGCUUGAGAUGUGGUGCCGCAACACGCAGUCUCUCCUGGCUGCGCUAGACGAACAGAUCGCGGCGGCGCGCAAGCGCGCCGAGGACGACAGGGAGCGUGACAAGCUGUUCCAUAACUCCCUCGACAUGGCGUAUGUUGAUGUGCGCAAGGACUCGGCGAGGCGUUUCAAGGCGGUGGGGCGUCCCCAGGACGAGCGCGCCGACGCAAUCGACGUCGACGACGAUUACGGCACUGUCACGAACAUGGUCACGGACGAGCCGCCUCGGCUUGUGCGCAGCGUUGGUCAGCGCAGCGCUGAUGGCCUCGAUGAGCGAGCGAAGAAGCGUGCAAAAGACUAG